CGCGGCGCGAGCGGGAGAGAAGCCACUACGAAGAAGCGUAAGCGCCACCAAAGGUACACUCUUCGUUCACUUUCUAAAUUCCCCCUCGCAGGCGGUAUAUAUCCCCCGAUGACUUUGCGUUUUGCAAUCGUACGCACUGCGACGGGAAUCACAUCCGAGCGGAUUUUUCGCGCGCUGCGUAAACCUGGAUGUUAUAUCACAAACCACGGGAUCACCGCAGGAGAUGGCGGUCAGUGUCGUGAGAUUCCUCGCUCUCCUUAUGUUCUGCGCCUUGCUACAGUGCCACUAUGCAACGGCUCAAAACAAAAAUUUCAGGGAUCUUUUUAAUAGCACAUCCUGCGCCAGGCCGCCUUACACUUGUCCGCAUCCGCAGAUAGAAUUCUAUCUGUACACUAGAGAAACGCAAAAAGAUCCUGUGCUGUUAGAUGUCCGUGAUUUUAAUUCUCUUUGGAAUUCCAAGUUCAAUAAAACGCAUCCGACAAAGAUUAUCAUUCAUGGCUUUGGUGGUGGACGAAAUUUAGUACCUAGUACAGAUUUACGAGAUGCGUAUUUCUCGCGAGGCGAUUACAAUAUUAUAAUCGUGGAUUACGGUUCGUUGGUACGCGAGCCCUGUCUCUCGCAGAUCUCCUGGGGUCCGGAUUUCUGCUCCCAGUGCAUCGCUCAACUAGUGACUUACUUGAAAGAUCACCCACUAGGCACGAGGGUAGAAAAUAUACACGUGCUUGGGUACAGCGUGGGUGCGCAUAUCGGUGGACUCAUCGCAAAUUAUUUGCCCAAUGACAAACUCGGAAGAAUUACGGGCCUCGAUCCAACGAUAUUUUUCUACAUGAACGGCAACCGCUCGAUGGAUUUAGACGAAACGGAUGCCCAUUUUGUGGACGUAAUUCAUACAGGCGCUGGCAUUUUGGGGCAAUGGGGACCCAACGGUCACGCGGAUUUCUACGUAAACGGUGGUUCGAGUCAGCCCGGGUGCGCCACUUCUUCUAUACUCCAAACGCUCUCGUGCGAUCACACAAAAGUGACACCGUAUUACAUAGAAUCAAUCACGACAAAAAAAGGAUUUUGGGCGGCCCCUUGCGCAAAUCUAUUCUCUUACCUGAUCGGAUGGUGCAACCCCAAGAGAGACGAGUAUAUUCUGAUGGGGGAGGAUACACCUCAUACAGCACGAGGCAUCUUUUAUCUGUCAACAAACGCACACAAACCGUACGCCCGAGGACUGCCCGUAAAAAGCCAGCGUCGGACAAGUCGGAAGCAAUCGUCCUCCCGCCAGUAUUAAGUCUAUUAAAACAACUGAUCAAUAUAAUUAUAGAAUAGCGUGUACAUGAAUUAGUCAUUUUAAGCUAUAUGCAUUAUUGCUAAAAGACUUUUUUUGUUUUUAUGUCGUUACGUUUUCGACUUUGUACAUUUUAAUCGUUAGAUCUCGUUAUAAUUUUCUUUCUCCUCUACUUCUAGUUUUUGAUAAAAUGUUGUGUUGGGUUGCGCGAUGAUUAUUGUGAAGAGUAGAAAUUAUAUACUUGGUACCGUUCAUUGACACUCGAUCGACGAUCGAUGAACUGGUGUAGUUGAAGUCUCGCGUGCUCAACACGUAACACUUUCACUCCCGCUCUUACGGCAAGCCUUAUACAUAUUAUUUAUUUAAAGCCACAUGUUAAGAGACGAGGUUGUCUCGAUGUAUUCAAACGGAUCAUCUUGUCAUUUUUAAUCACUCGAUCAUAUAUUCUAAUUCGAUCAAACGUGUCAUUGAACAUUGCAGUAAAACGAAGUGAGUUGCAUCAAAUGAGAUAACUUUGCGCAACUAUUUUGCGAAUUUAUUUUGAAAGAGAAUUUUUUUGCGAGUCUAGAUUCUAUCUCAUUAAAAUUCAUAAUGUUAUUUCGUAACGUAUCUUCGUAGUAACAUAUUUCACAAAAGACAUGAUUAUGUAAUUUACUUAUACUUAACGUCCUAUGGUUCCAAAGUCCUCUUUUAUUCCUGCGGUGUAAAGUUACUCUGUUAGUGCAAUCUAAUCGUUUUACAAUAGUUGUAUAAUGUAUUAUUAUUAUUAUUAUUAUUAUUAUUAUUAUUAUUACGUAAAUAAUUAUUGUAAUUCAUAAUGUAAUCAAUUUGAACCUGUUGUUUAAAAACAGAAAAUUGAUUUUCUUCUUGUAAAGAGAUCUUUACAAUGCAAAUAUUGCUAAAUUACAUUUGUGCUUUAUUUA